UAGCCUAAAUAUGCUGUAGAUUUCUGGUUUUCUUCUGCCGCCGAGAAACCACUAUUAGUUGAUGUCUUUUGGCAAAUAAAAAAAAAACAAAGCAAAGCAGAAGAGAGAGAAAUGGCGCUGUGGUUGGAAGCAGGCUCCGAACCCACAACAGAAAGUGAGAUUGCCGACCUUGAAGCUAUCAACGCCAUUAAAGAAUCUGCUGCUCUUGAACUUAAGGAGCAAGGUAACAAAUAUGUAAAGAUGGGCAAAAAGCAUUAUUCUAAUGCUAUUGAUUGUUACACAAGGGCAAUUAAUCAGAAAGUUCUAAGUGACUCUGAAAAUUCCAUGAUUUAUUCAAAUAGAGCUCAUGUAAAUCUAUUGUUAGGCAAUUAUAGACGUGCUCUUAGUGAUGCUGAGGAGGCAAUUAAACUGUGUGCAACUAAUGUGAAGGCACUAUAUCGAGCUGCCAAAGCAUCUUUAUUAUUGAAUUUGCUGACAGAGGCAAAAUCUUAUAGUGAAAAGGGACUAAAGGAAGAUCCAAAUAAUGAAGAAUUGAAAAAGUUUGUUAGUCAGAUAACUUCACUGAAAGUGGAACAGGAUAAGCGUGAAGCUGAAGUUUCUAAGGCUGUAUCAGAUGCUAAGGACCUUCUUUCUGCAAUUGAAGAUAGAGGCUUAAGGAUUGAAAAGGCUAUGUUUCGAGAACUUAUUGGAUUAAGGAAACCGGUAUUAGAUAAAAAUAAAAUCCUUCAUUGGCCAGUUCUUCUUCUAUAUCCCGAAGUUAUGUCCAGCGACUUUAUUGAAGACUUCUGUGAGAUGGACAUGUUUUCUGCUCAUCUUGACAUGAUGUUUUCAGAAAGUUCUCCAUUACUACAAUGGGAUACGGAAAACAAGUAUACUCGUGAAGCUAUUGAACUCUACUAUGAAGCUAGUUCUGGAGUUUGUCUAUCCAGGUUAAAAGUUCUAAAUUAUCUACUAGAAGGGACUGUAGGUGCUAACACAGAAAGCACUGAUGAAGAAAAGGAUUUAACUGAGGUUUCUAUUCAUAGUAACAUGGCAGGUGAAGGCUCUUCGAAAUGGGUAAAAGUAAAUGAAAAGAGAAUGCUACAUGAUGUUCUAAAAGAACCCAACUUCACUGUCUCUGGAAUUCCAGUUUUUUAUGUCGUUUCAAAAAUCUCAAGCUUUUAUAAAAAGUUCAUAACUGGUAAAUGGGCUCUUCCACUAUGAGAGGAUCUGAAAGCACUGUGCUGUUGCUGCCUUCUCAAGGUUAUUGAAUAGGUCUGUUAAAACGAUCGAGCAGAAGACUCUCAGUGGCUCCCGGAUAUGAGUUAUGAUGUUCACUGGCAAGAAAAAUGUGUAAAUCUUAAAAAUUUUAUGCACCAGAUGCAUCACUGCGUCCACCAGGAGACCUGCAUUAGUAGCAUCAAAUAUCAGUUGUUCAGGUUAUCCUGCAACUAACAUUCUCUGUUGUAUCAAUUUCAAUGCUGGUUUCGUUACCGAUGAAGAAAGAUUACCUGAAAAGAACUAAUUUAAUUUUCAUAUUGCGGUUUAUUGAAUUGGUCA